GUAUGGUUCAAAAAUCGGCGAGCAAAGUGCAGGCAGCAAGUGCAGCAGCAGCAGCAGCAACAACAGCAGCAGCAGCAGCAACAGACCUCCCCGUCAAAGGGCUCGCCGAGAUCGAAUCAGACGCAGAGCGCCAGCAACAGCGGCAACAAAAUGUCGUCGAAUUCUUCUGCGACGCCCAGCAGGCGUUCAUCCCCGGUGUCCCCGCCGCGUGGCAAGGAAGCACCGGGCCCGAACUCGCCUCUCCUCUCGACAACGUCGACGUAUCCGCGCCUCGGCGUGACACCAACGGGCGGAAGCGGCGCGAACAGCGCUCUGACCACUCCGUCGCCUCCGUUGACCCCUGGUUCCAGCCAGUUACCGCCAUCGUCUUACCCGCCUCCAGUGAACCAGAUUCAUCACGGUGAAUAUGGUUUCACUUGGAGUUCAGCGUCGCCUGGCUCAGUAAACCCGAACCAAUGUUACGCUGGGCAGACUUACAACGCCUACCAGAACCCAUACACCAGCGGCGAUUACUAUCAGACCCAUAUCUCUCAUAUGCACCACAGCCCCCAAGGAAACUACCACCAACCUCAGUAUCAUCACAAUAUGACGCUGACAUCCUCGAUGUCCCAUUUGACGCUCCACCAUCAGAACCCGACCGGUACAAACGACAUGUCCACUUCGGCCACCGAUUCCGACGGCUACAUAUUGCCCGACCAGAAGUAUCAGGCGAUGGUAUAGCGGUCCGGCAGGUCCACCGGCAUUUUUCAUCGCGGGCAAGAGGCGUCGGUCGCGGCCGGAUCGUCCGCGGCUUACCACUGGCGUCUGAACUCCACCGCCGCCAGUUGCCUGGAGAUCAAUGGUAACAUCGACUCCGACGACAAUUAAUCGGUAAACUGAUUUCGGCCGAGCCGGUUGUGAUGACCGCAAACGAAGUUCAACGACUCGUGACAUAUCGGUCACGCCGACCGACGCACAAUUGCGGUCAGACAUGGGGAGUAGUCGAGUUUCCAAAUGAAACGGCGAGAACGGAUCGUUUCGUCCGAACUUUGACGUAGAAUCCUUUCGCGCGAACAAUGCGAGAACGAUUUCGAGGCUCGUCGGUCAACGUGAACAUCGACGAAGAACCGAGUAUGCCGUGUCAUCCUCGUUUACAGAGUGACUGUCGGGAACAUCGAAUUGAAAACGCGAUACGGGGGGGAAGGCGAGGACGCGCGUGAAUAAUGACGGGACUGGAAAAGCUUUGCUCGCCAUCAUUUGGCGCACAGUUUUCGCCGUCACCCGCGUAAUCGCGUUAGCCGUGCCGCUCGGUACGUUAUACGCGACGUCAGGCCUGAUUGCGAUCCGCGAUUAUUAUUCCGGAAUAACGAGAGUACGGACAGUUGUGUUUUUGACAAGGAUCUUCAGGUGGAAACGAUCCUUGAAAAGGAGAGACGACCCUCUUUUUCCGCUGUGUUGACACAUCAAAUGUAGAUUACUGUUCUUCGAGGGCAAGUGAUUCUUAGGAUUCCCAUUUCUUCGUUUCUCGAAUCGAAAGACGUGUUUCUGUUCGUUCGCCGACGUUCGUUCGGGGAAAUUAACGAAAAUGACACUAAUGAUAAGGCGUUGCGAUCGAUCGUAAGACGAUUAACCACCGCGAACUCUUGUGCCCGCCAAGACCGCGUAUCUUUAAUCGAACCCUAGAGACAAUCGACGGAAACGAGAGAUCCGACCGUGUCCGGCGAAUUCGAGUCUCGUCGCCCGUUGCGAGGCCGAAAAUCAACUGUGAAAACUUUAUCGUUUCUUUCUGUUUCGCGCGCGACUGUCGCGCGUGUAUUUUAUAUUGUUCGCUGCUCGACUUUUUAAUUUCAUGAACAGACGAUGGACAGAAGUGUGAUCCAAACCGUGGACAGAUUUUUCUCGCGUCCUUAGAGAAACCGCGACGAUUAUUUUA